GUGAACGGGGUCUAUCUCGAAACGGACGGUGUAAGUUAUAAAGGGCGAAACCAAGCCUACUACUUUGGAGAUUACAACAAUUACUAUAAUAUACCACGAUCUUCGAGGCCAUCAAACCAGCCAAAGUAUAUUGGAUACUUCCCAACCCGUCGCCCAAGAACAAGGUACGUCACUGCAGGUCGUAAAAAGAGACAAACUCUAAGUGAGCAAUAUCGACCUAAAGCUUACACAGCAGACGGACGCCAAUGCAAAAUCGAAUGUUUGAGGGGAUACAGUGGGUUAACUCCAACAUACGGUCCUUGUUCUACCAGAAUUUCAAUGAGAG